UAAGGUCAAAGCCGAAUUGGGUUACGAAGAUCUAAGGACUAUUUAUUGGUCAGACUCAGAGAUUACAUUGUACUGGAUCAAUUCAGAACCAUCAGCUCUAAAGACGUUCGUUGCCAACAAAGUAAAAAAUAUACAAGCAACAUUUGUUGGAUCUUCUAAAAAAUCAGACAUCUAUUAUUGAUUCAACAAUCAACAUAAUUAGAAAGGACGAAGAUACGAGCCAAAGGAACUUCGGCAACAUGCAAGUGGAAUUGAACCUUUUGGCAAAUAAGGUGAAGAAAGAAGAAGAUGUUGUAAAGACAACACAAUCAAUUAUGUUUCUCACUUCACAGCUCAUGCUACUUUCAUCAAGGUUGAAACAUAUAGAAGAUAACUUAAUCGACGUUUUAACGGAUGCUCAUCAUGGUCGGAUAAGUCCGUUGCUACUUACGCCACAUCAAUUGCUACAAGAGCUCCAAACCAUCAAGGCUCACAUUCCUCCAUCUCGUGCUCUACCCGUUCGCGAAGAUAAUGUUUCGGAUUUCUUCAAAUUAAUGAAGAGUAAGGGAAGGGUUAUUAAGAACCAUAUCAUAUUCGAGAUUCGCCUUCCAUUAGUGGAUCUCCAGCAGUAUGAUUUAUUCAAAAUGAUCCCCGUACCUAUGCUACGAUCCGGUCGAUUUAUUUCAAUAGCUUUGAAAUCAACAUUAUUGGCAGCUAACGUCCAUCGGGAUGAGUUCAUAUCGCUAACCGCAGAAGAAAUGAACAGCUGCAUACAUACCACAAAUGACGUUUUUAUUUGCGACAACCAAGCGAAAUUUAGCAAAGGCGAUCGAUCACAUUUAUGCGAGGUGAUUUUCUUAUUGAACAAAUCGUCAGAAGCGUGCGACUUGCAAUCGACCAUGCACCACCAAACUUGGAGACAAAUGGAACAAAAGAAUAAAUGGAUGUUUACUCUAGCCAAUUUAACAGAAUUGUCCUUUGUUUGUGGUACAAAAAUGACACACCUGGAGGUGCAAGGAGCUGGAACUUUAGAAAUUGGGCCAGGCUGCAUUUUCAAAGACAACACAUUUACAAUAUACGGUCACUACGAAAACAAAACAACAGUGCACACAUCAUAUCUGAGACUUAAGCCACUGGAUUCCAUAAUCUCAAGCAGUAAGCUUGUCUUGCUCAACAAAACAUUAAACAGCACCUAUGAAACACAUGCUGCUGAACUCGUCACCUUACACCAACAGCUAAAAACUAUUGAAAUCGGACGCCUUCCACAAUUAAUGAAAUCGACGGCCAUUCACCACCAUACCAUCAGCUAUCUAGCUCUUUGCAUUGGAAUUGGAGUAGCCAUAUACGUCAUUGUCAAGUUUCGCCACCACAGAACUUCCAACAAUAACAUGAACCCAACACCUACCCCUCGGCAGUCAGUCUCAUCAUCAUACGUCAUUGACCAGACAGUUUCUUGAACGUUCCUCGUUCAACGUGGGGGAGAAUGUUCAAAAGAACAUAUUUUACUAACACAUUUUUUAAUUUUGUUUUUAUUAUUAUUUUAUUCUAUGUCAGCAUAUAACUGACCUAUAUAAUUAUUGUUUGCCUUAUGCAGGCCAAUAGCCUAAAUAAAGAAACACCUCGAUUGGUUUCACAUUGCAUGGGUUAUUGGCUGAAGUAAUUUAUUGCUUAGUUAACUUUAAAUGCUAGUUUUAAUGAAUUCAAAAAUGUAUAAAUAGAAAGCAAAAAUAAAUAUUCUUGGUAGAUUACAAGAAAUUGUAAACAUACCAAGGUUACACAAUUCAA